UGAAGCUGACACAAUCAAUGUUGCAGAUACGAUAGCAUCCCCACAUUAUAAGACAAAAAAAGUAGAAGGAAAAGAUGACAUGUAUACUUUAAUCGAACGUGGACGCAGAGAAGCAGAAGAAACAGAAGAAGCCAAACGCGAGUCUAAAAGAUUUUUAAAUCUUAACUAA